UCUGUGUGUUUGUGUCUUUUGACUUCCGUGGGAGCGCCAAAGCGGAGGCUGAGCUUCAGAACACAAGAAGAGGAGCCAUGGAGGGUCUGGGUUUGGACGCCGCCACCGCCGAGGAGGUGGGGUACCAGCUGAUGUUAAUAGGCUCCGUCCCGGUGCACCGCAUGACCACCAUGCCGAUGCUGCCCUGGGUGGUGGCCCAGGUCAGCCGCGCCCGGCGGCCGCCGGGGCAUGCCGUGUCGCUGUCCGUGUCGCCGUCGCGGGUGCGCUGCGUUCUGCGGCGUGCCGAGGGGGCGCUGUGGGACCCGCUGACGCACGCCGUUCUGUUCGAGUGCCGACCGCAUCAGGUGACCAAGCUCCUCCACAACAGCCGGGAGCCCGGCAGCUUCGGGUGCCUGCUCAGGGACGCCCCGGCCUGCGUCUGCUACGUCUUCAGGUGCGAGGAUAGCACCAGGGUCCAUGAGAUCAUCAGUACGCUGAGGCAGGCUGGCAAAAGCUCCGCUCGCAACGAUGACACGCCCGCCUUUCCCGACAAAACUUCGGCAGACCCCGACGGCGCCAAGCCGUCGGAAUCUUGCCUGGGCUUCCCGCCCCUCCCCGCAGCAAGCUCUGUGGCGAAAAACCCCACCGUGUCCCCGGCGGCCUUUGCCAAAAGGUUUGAGGUGCUCUUCUGCGGCCGCGUGAGCGUGGCUCACAAGAAGGCCCCGCCCGCACUAAUCGACGAAUGCAUCGAGAAGUUCAGCCAGCUGCCUCAGGGCUCAGGGACCGCGAGAAGAGGGGUCAACGUCAGCGGGGGCUUAGUCGGCGGGGGCUUAGUCGGCGGGCUGAAGAGAGCGCUCGCCUUCCAGUCUAACGGACUGGGUGGCAACGCUGCUGCCGGGAGCCCCACCGGCGGCAAACGGCCGCUGCUCUUCAAACGAGAUCCCAGCUUCCCCUCUCUGCAGGCGCUGGACGAGAAUGGACUCUCACCGGAGCUCUCUCACGUAAACACUACUGACGCCAGCACUCGCUCCCCUGGGGUGCAGCCCACCAGCCUGCAGGAGAACAGGACCAUGCUGUUUACGGUGGGGAGGUCACAGAUCUUUCUGGUUAGUCCGGACACGAAAAAGGUUGCAAUUGAGAAGAGUUUCCGUGAAAUAUCCUUCUGCUCACAAGGUAUUCGCCACGUGGACCACUUUGGCUUCAUUUGCAGGGAGACGGUGGAAGGAGGAAGCUGCCACUUCGUCUGCUACGUCUUUCAGUGUGCGGAUGAAUCACUGGUGGACGAGAUAAUGCUGACCUUGAAGCAGGCGUUCUCUGUGGCAGCCGUGCAGCAGAAUGCAAAGACCCAGAGCCAACAGUGUGACAGCUGCCCCAUGCUGCAGCUCCACAGGCUCUGUGAGAGAAUCGAAGGUCUAAAUGCAUCGAAAACCAAGCUGGAGCUUCAGAGACACCUGGCAGAGCUGGACAACAAGGACCAAGCUGCAAUCUUUGAAAACACUAUGAAGUCGCAUCCUAAGAGUGACCAGGAGGAAAAUGAGUUUAUCAUGUCAGCAUUGAGGAACUUGUAUGAAGAGAGACAGAUGAUCCAUCACCACACACUGCCGAAGGACACUAAAAAGAACGAGGAGGCACCCGCUGCACCUGUUGAGGCGCAGCAACAAACGAGCAGUCGCCAGCGGCUGGAACAGUUCAAGAGCAGAGCCAAGCGCUCUUUAACCGAGUCCUUGGAGGGCAUCUGGAAGGGGAGCAGCAAGGCCAGCGCUCCGAGGGGCAACAGUGACAGAAGCAAUAGUGUCUCCUCGGUCUCCUCUGUCAUUGGCCUGGACCAGUCCAGCUUAGUUGACCCCUUCCCUCCCCCUGUCCAGCUGGGACCCACCAGCCCGUUGAGGGGCCACAACUCGACAGGAGACCUGAAGCGCCUUGACCCUUAUCCCUCCCCGUCUCCCUCCCCCACGUCAGCGGGCGACAGUCAGUCGCAGGGCUUUCGCAAACGAGCCAGCACCUUCAGCCACCCCCCGACUCCCACCUCGGCCGAUCAUUCACCAGCGCAAACUUUAACCGACACGCCACAACAGGACCCCGCCUCCGCUUCAAAGCCCAAGCUGUUACGACACUACUCCGUCGGCGCCGACAGGCCACACCAGAGCAAACACGUACCGUCCGACACCGCCCUUCCUCCUCUUCUUAAUUGCUCCUCAUCCUCCUCUCCUCUGCUCCCUCCUUCCUCCCCUUCAUCCGGAGCCAGGCUCAGUAAGAGACGUGAUCUAGCAGCCUUCUACAUAUCAAGUGCAGAAUGUGAAGUCGGGGAAAGCCCUCUGCGCCACCGCCACUCCUGGAGACAGCAGAUUUUCCUCCGAGUCGCUACACCUCAGAAAAACACAGAUAUUAACGAGCGCGGAGACUGUCUGGACGGGGUUCAUGUGUGCGGGGGCCAAGCGGUAGGUGCGGGGAGUGCCGAGUCGUCCAUGAGAGCAGUGCCUGAACAGAGGACAAGAAAGAGCAAAGAGGAACUCAGGGAGCUAUGGAGGAAAGCCAUCCUACAGCAGAUUCUCCUGCAGAGGAUGGAGAGAGAGAACCAGAAGCUGCAGGCCUCGGAGAGCGACCUGCAGAACAAGCGCCUCAAGCUGGACUACGAGGAAAUCACGCCAUGCCUGAAGGAGGUCACUCUGGUCUGGGAGAAGAUGCUGGGAUCUCCUGGAAGGGCAAAGGUCAAAUUUGACACCGAAACCAUACACGCGUCGGUUACACAAGGUGUCCCGAGGCAGCAUCGAGGCGAGAUCUGGAAGUUCCUCUCCGAGCAGUUCCUGCUCAAGCAGACUGUCCCGUCGCGGCCACCGACCACUGACAUGCCGUACAAGGAGCUGCUCAAACAACUCACCUCACAGCAGCACGCCAUCCUUAUUGACCUAGGUCGCACUUUUCCCACUCAUCCCUAUUUCCAAGCCCAGCUGGGGGCCGGACAGCUGUCUCUGUAUAAUAUUCUCAAGGCCUACUCGUUGCUGGACCCAGAGGUGGGGUACUGCCAGGGCUUGUCCUUCAUCGCAGGAGUGUUGCUGUUACACAUGGGGGAGGAAGACGCCUUCAACAUGCUCAAGUUUCUCAUGUAUGACGUGGGACUCCGCAGACAGUAUAGGCCUGACAUGAUUAUCCUGCAGAUUCAGAUGUACCAGCUGUCACGUCUGCUCCACGACUACCACCGGGAUCUCUACAGCCACCUGGAGCAGCAGGAAAUCGGGCCCAGCCUGUAUGCCACGCCGUGGUUCCUGACUGCCUUCGCCUCGCACUUCCCUUUGGGCUUUGUGGCGAGAGUCUUCGAUAUGUUGUUCCUGCAGGGGGCGGAGGUCAUAUUUAAAGUGGCCCUGAGUCUCCUGGGGAGCCAUAAGCCUCUGAUCCUGCAGCAUGACAGCUUGGAGUCCAUUGUGGACUUCAUCAAGACCACGCUUCCCAACCUGGGCUUGGUGCAGAUGGAGAAAACUAUCAUCCAGGUUUGUGAGAUGGAUGUGUCCAAGCAGCUCCAGGCGUACGAGGUUGAGUACCACGUCUUGCAGGAUGAGCUCCUGGACACGCCUCCGACCCUCAAUCAACACCAGCGCGCUGCGCAGCUGGAGAGGACCAAUCAGAGCCUGCGACAGCAGAACCUGGAUUUGCUUGAGGAGCUGCAGGUGUCGUACGCCCGAGUGUGCAGCCUGGAGAGUCGCGUGGCGGCGCUGGUGCAGUCGGACGCCGAGCUGCGGGAGCAGGUGAGCGCUCUGAAGCAGGAGAAGCUGCAGCUGGUAAGCACGGCCACGCGUCUCCAGGACCUGCUCACCACCCUCGGCAUACACAGCACUCCCGACGACUUCUGCCCGCCGCCGCCCGCCGUGGAAAUACAACCCCCCCUGACCACAGCGGGGGACAAGGUGGGUGCACCGGCAGGACAGGAGGACAGGACUUUGGAGUUCCUUCGCCGCCCUGUCAUAUUAGUGGAGAGGAAGGUCAAUGGACAAGGGGAGACUUUGACAUGACUUAAGUUCUUCGUUCCAACACAAAAUGUACUUCCUUAAAAGAGGAGGCGAGCAGAAUCAUAUUUAUAAAAGGAAAAAAAAAAGAAAAGUCAUGCACUUUGUGUGAUAAACUAGCAUGUGAUUGGACCAGCCUGUCCCAAAGAUGGCCCCUCACUGUAUUAGCACUUGGAUCUUGAGUCCCUGGCCCGAGAUUUGUUCCCAAAGAACGUCACGUGAGAAUGUGAACGAGUGAAGAAGUGAACUUCACGAGUAAAGUAUGUUGAUGUUGUGUCCAGAGUGACGCAAGCUGAAUGUUGGAGCCUGCUGGGAGGAAAGUGAUCCGCUCAACAAAAACAUAGUUUUUCUAAGUAUACUCGUGCCUUACUGUAAGUCAAAGUAGACUUCGUUUUUUUUUACCUGGAAUUACCUCUCGUUUAUCAACCUUGACUGUAUUGGACACACUGUAUUCCUACAGCUUCAAAUGAUGUGUGUUUGUGCACUGGUUGCAACAAAUCUAUUCAAUCUACACUGUAAAGCAGGGCUAUUCAACUAGCGGCCCAGGGGCCACACCCAGCCCCGGAAUGACACCAUACCGGUCCCCGAGUUCACUUCAAAACUCGGGAGGCAAAUUCCUAAAAAAAAACACUAGAGUGCUCCUGUUAUAUAGAGGAACUUGGACCAUGGCAACACUUUGGUGGAUCAUUGCAUUGACACUUUAACCUUGCCAGCAAACAAAACACUGAGGUCCAAACGUGUGUUUUACAGAACUGAGGCGUUCCUCAAGGCACCCCUUUACGUCCUCUCCUUUUUGGCAGUUACACACUUUUUUUACGUGAAGUGAUUGUUGUAAGUAAGGUGUUGCUGUAGCUUGUUUAUGCCAGAUGGAGUCAGUAGUCAACUUCUUUAGAUGAACUAGUGGUGUUCCUCAGGGUUCCAUUUUAGGUCCUCUCUUUUUCAUCAUUUGGGCUUUUAGACUGCUCCACGAGUUCAGUUAAAGAAAAACUUUUGAGGGACUCACAUUUUUAAACGCUAGAGCAGGGGUGUCCAAACUACGGUCCAUGUGCGGCCCGCCAGCGUCUUCAAUUUGAAUCUGGCCGAUUUCCAUUCAUUUUUAAAAGUCAGUUUAUAUGCUACGUCGCCAUCUUGUGGACAACAUAAGUAAUUCAGGUCCAUCACCACUUACUAUGCAUGUAACCAAGCGCAGCAUUUACCUGUAUGACCGAAUACAAACAACCCUCCCUAGUCAUGGGGCAACAAAAUAAAAUAAUUAACCAACAUAAAAUGGUAUUAUAAAAUAACAUCCAUUCACCAUUAAAAUGUCAUAAUUACACUCAUUUAGAUAUAUUACAAAGCAUGAUGGUAAAAAUGCAAAACACCAUCUCCACACUUAUUCAUGUUUGGCGCAUUUUAGCUGCUUAAUAAUUCUGAUUGAUUACAAAACUUUAAGGAGGUCGUCACGGAAGUAAACAAGUCCAACUUUCCCUUAAUAUCCAAAUAUAUUAAGUAUUGAUCAUAUACCCAUUAUAUUAACAUAAAAUG